CAAAAACAAAAAAACAAGGGUAAUAAAUGCCACCGAAGAAGGCUGAAAAUCCCGAAGCUACGGCGAUUUCAAAAUAGCCAUUUUUGUUUAGGGCAAAGUUGGGAUUUUAUCUAUAUAGAUAAAUAUAUGGACAGACAGGAAGUCGAAUACAUUGACCAACACUUAGAAGUGAUCAAGUUAAUGUGUUUACUUAACAAUAAGAACACUUAAGUGUUUUAUUAAGCUCUGUUUGGAGAUAAUAAAUAUAUUGUGUUGAAGUGUGUACAGCAUAUUGUAACUAAUACCAAUAAAUAUAAUAUAUUGGUAAGAAUUGAUGUAAUGUCAACAACACCACGCCUAUUCGUGAUGGAUCUGUACCAAGAUAAAAGAAGCUUCUGCAGUUCAAGAUAAAGAGUCCUGAAAGUAUGAGAAUGAAAUACUCGUUAAACUAUCGGAUGCUACAUAGAAUAUCAAUAUGGCUAGCCAAAAGUGUUUGUAUACUGGCUGUUGUGGUGUUGUGUAUCAAGUUUUCUUUCAAUCCCUCCGUGUUAAAGAUGGCAGACGUUGCUGACUUUACCAGCAGAGAGUGGUCAAAUCCAUCUGGACGCAAAUAUACAUUGAACAAAAUUGAGAGAGACAAUGGCAGCACGAGACAGGAUACAUACAGUGUUGCAUCAACAACCGACGUUUGGACACCUGACAUUACACGUGAAACAAACUACUUAGACACUUCAGAAAAUUACCAGAAAGCAGCUACAGUAAUGAAAACGUCAACUUUAAAUUCGAGAAGAAAGUCUUCAGACCGCCUUCAGUCUCACACUUUAAAUACAAAAUUAAACGAAGAAAUACGGAUGAAACUAGAUAAAUCUAACUCAGUUGUAAUAUCAAAAAAAUUGAACUUAACUUAUACUUCUUCAAAAACGAAAGUUUUUAAGAAACAUCCACACGAAAUGGACUUCGAGAUGAUAGCGUCAGGGAAGUAUAUAAUAGAAGAUCUAAUGAAACAGGGUCCGUUCAAAUUCUUGAAAAACUUCAAAAGUCCAUGUUGGAAGCCAGCCGAGAAAAGCUCUUGGGAGCCUCCAAUCCGAUGUCUGCCCUACUUUUAUUUGAUUGGCGCUCCAAAGUCAGGUACGACCGAUAUGCACCGGCGGCUGAUCAAACAUCCUGAGAUAUCAAAAUUGGUGGUAAAAGAACCUCACUGGCUAACCAGAAGACAUUACUACGGCCACGGGAUAAACGGAGGGUACUCCAAUUUGACUCACUAUCUCAAAGUCUUUAAAUUUGCUACGAGAGAUGUGCUUUUGAGGAAAGACUCUGAAGGCUUCCAUAACGUUAUAUUCGGAGAUUGCUCAGCGUCCACAUUAUGGGACAAUGAUUAUUGGACUAUUUUACCAGAAUUCAGAAACCUGUCGGAACCUCUAUAUACCAAUGCCGAUUAUAUUCAUCAUUUAAAUCCUAAUGCAAAAAUUAUUGCCAUGUUAAGAAAUCCAGUUGAGAGGUUGUACUCGGACUAUCUGUUUUUUCAACAAUUUCAACAAGGAAGCCCAGAGAUGUUUCAUGAAGGUGUCAAGAACAUUAUCAAAGAUACUUAUAAUUGCUUGAGAAAUAACAGUCUGCGCCAUUGUUUAUAUACACCAGCUAAAAGCCGACCUGGUAUUGUGAUUAGACUUCGAAUUGGCGUUUACCAUCUGCAUUUAAAAGAAUAUUUCCGUGUAUUCCCACGUGAACAGGUGAUGGUGAUCAAACUUGAAGACUUUUCAAACAAUACAUAUUCCUAUAUGAAACAAAUCUUUUCGUUUUUAGAAAUAUCGACAUUAAAAGCAAAGGACUUACAAAAGAUUGCGGAUCCAAAUCAGCAUGCAAAUAAAAGAAGAAAGAAGGAUAAACAAGCAGGGGAAAUGUUGCCGGAAACCAGGAAGAUGUUGGAAAACUUUUACCGCCCCCAUAAUGAUCUUUUAUCAAAACUCCUAGGAGAAAAGUUUAAUUACAAUCGAGAUUUGGGUUAAUGCACUAAAUACAUUUUGGAAGAGAUAAGAUUUAAGUGUAAACGAACUACACAGUAUCUAAAGUUGUAUAGUAUUAGAAAAGACAUCGUAAACGGAUGUAAACAUGGCGUAUCAUAUCAUUGUUAUCAAUUGAUGUUAAAGCUAUAGGCGCG